UCCAGGCAUCGGCAGCCGCCUGGCACAUUGUGGCACAGGCUGCGUGAUGGCAGCGCUGCAUUUUCAUAACACAUUUUGCAACUUGCUCGUUCUGUUUUGAGUUCAAUUAUGUAAUUACACUGAUAAUCACAGUGACGGAAUUUAACUGCCUUUAAUUUGUUAUUCAGGUGGAGAUGAAGGGACCGCGGAUGGAGCAGCCAGCCUGUGUUUGCUGCUCCGCACAGACACGAGCGGAGGAGCGCGAGCUGUCUGCGAGCGAUCCCGCGCGAAAUGAGGAGCAGCCGGACACCUCGCGCCUCUCCGGCCGCGCGCGUCCUGCGGAGCCUCCCUGACCCCGGACGCCGCGCAUUUAUCUGCUUCUUCUCCAUCACAUGAGCGUUAAACUUCUUCGGACCCAGCCCCACCGUCACCAAUCGGCUUCCCUCUUGGAGAGAGUGGACCAAUCAGCGACAGUCUUUGAUGAAUAUUCAUGAGUCCGAGAUUCAAACCUUUGAGCGAGUUUGUCUCGGUCCACAGCAUCAUUCCUGGGACUUUUCACAGGCACAAACUACAUUUUCUUAUGAAUGGAAAGAGAAAAAAUCAGUUCGGCUUAAAUUGGGACCCAUCCUUCACUGAGAUCAUAGAAGGAAAACAACAAAAGCGAGACAAGGGGGACCGCCAGAAGAGAUGACAAUGACUACGAUUCCAGAAAGUCUUAAUAGCCCUGCCUCAGGAAAAACCGUUUUCAUGGAGUUUGGACCCCCGAGUCAACAAAUGUCGCCUUCCUCCAUGUCUCACGGACACUAUCCCAUGCACUGUUUACAUUCUGCAGGUCACACACAGCACGACAGCUACAGUCCAGCCUCGUCGUUCCCCAGAUCUUUGGGUUAUCCAUACGUAAACUCCGUGGGCAGUCAUUCCACCAGCCCAUAUCUCAGCACAGUACAGACUUACCAAAACAGCUCGGGACUGGCACAGACGCGGUUAGAAGAAGCAGCGCCAGAAACGGAGAAAAACACGGUGGUCGAGGGCGGAGAGGUGCGCUUCAACGGCAAAGGGAAAAAGAUCAGAAAGCCAAGGACUAUAUAUUCCAGUUUACAACUUCAAGCCCUGAACAGGAGAUUUCAACAAACUCAGUAUCUGGCGCUACCGGAGAGAGCGGAGCUGGCAGCGUCGCUGGGGCUCACGCAGACACAGGUAAAAAUCUGGUUCCAGAAUAAACGGUCCAAAUUCAAGAAGCUGAUGAAGCAAGGUGGCGGCACCAUCGACACCAACGCUCUGGCCAGUGGCCGCGGACUGUCGAGCGGCUCCCCCUCGGUGGCGCCGGUCUGGAGCUCCCCCACCACCGUCAAAACCUCCGCGGGCUCCACCGGAUCUUACAUCCCCAGCUACACCUCGUGGUACCCAACCACACACCAAGAGUCUAUGCAACAGUCCCAGCUCAUGUGAGCAGAGACCCCCCCCCCACACACACACACACAAACCCCUCACCCACCCCCAGCAUCAGGAUGGCGACAGGCCCUGCGGCCAGCUCUGCAUCGAUUUGAAAGAUGCACAUCAACAAAUAACAAAACAAAGAACAACAACAACAACAUCAACAACAAGGACGAUGGCGACCCUGGAGCUUUUUGCUGCCGCCGGCCGACACAGAGGAAUUCACGCAGAGAGGCGGAAUGUGGAGGAGACUGAAGGCGCACGCGCUCCAUUACAGCGGGAAUCGUAGACAAAAAGGACCCCCCCCCCCCUUCCUCCGUUUUUUUUUUUUUUUUUUUUUUUUUUUUUUUAAUUUUUGGGCUGCUGUUGAUCACUUUUUUUUGUCUGUUUCCUAUAUUUUAAAGUCAUAUCUAUGUGAGCAAUUCUGUUGUUGAGCUGUAGGCUACAUGUUAAUUAGAAAACACGUGUUUGUUUAUACCGGAUGUCGGGCCUCAAAAACCUUCAAAUCAACCUGCAUUCUCUCACACAGUUUACUGCCACAGUGGUGUUUCUUUUACCAAAAAAAAAAAAUAUAAUCCUCCUCCACCGGUAUAAUACAGCACAUUGUGCAAAGCCCCAAGUCGCUACGAUGCUGUCUUUAUGUGUUUGUUAUUUAAAUUAAGUUAUUCGGGCUAGUUUUGUUUUCCUUCUGUUGAAGUCAGUCUGUGUUCUUUUUUGUAAGUGUGUUUGAAAAAACAACACUGUUGUUAAUGCUGCACUAACGCAAGCAAAGCUUUUCUAUGCCGUGCCCCGAUGUUAUGUGAAAAAAAGUGAAAAGGCCUGACGAUUUGCUGCUUGAGAAGAGAAAAAAAAAUAUCCCGAGGUCGAGCAGCUCAUUUGUCACUGUAUUUUGUACAUAACUUUCAGAUUUGUUUUCGUGUUGUAUACUGGAUACGCUGUGAAACAGGGUUUUAGGCUUUUGUGUACUCGUCGAAAUGUGUUUAGUCAACAUAGGAAAUAUUUAGUUUUGUAUUGAUCACUUUAAUUUAUUGAUCUGUUUCUGAAGUUUAUGUACAUAAUGUGCAAAGUUUCAAAAGCAGUAAAAUAUGAUUUAAAUUA